AUGCCUGCCCGUCGUCGUUCUGCCCGUGUUGCUUCUCGUGAAGAGCCAGUGGCCAAGAAGCCAAAGACUGAAGCUGCUGAGGAGACUGAAUCCACCAAGACGCCUGAAUUGGAGGUGGGCGAUGAGCUUCCUUCGUUGAAGCUUUUGGAUAACGAAGAGAACGAAGUCGAUGUGAGUGAAGUGGCUAAGAAUUCAAAGUACUUGGUCAUUUUCGCCUACCCCAAGGCUCUGACCCCAGGUUGUACCAGACAAGCCUGUGGUUUCCAGAAAUCCUACCAGAGCUUUGUUGAUAACGAUACGAAGGUAUUUGGAUUGUCUACUGAUAGCCCUAAGGCUCAACAGAACUUCGUGGAUAAACAGGGUUUGAAGUAUCCCUUGUUAUCUGACCCAAAGAGAGAGUUGAUUGGCCUUUUGGGUGCAAAGAAGAGCCCUUCAGGCACGAAGAGAUCCCAUUGGAUCUUUGUGGAUGGUAAACUUGCCGUUAAAAAGGUUCAGGUUUCGCCAGAGGACUCUUUCACUACUUCUUUGAAGGACAUUGAGGGCUUUGUAGCCAAGAAUGGCGGUGUGAAGCCAGAAGCUAAGGUGGAGGAGAAGGAAGAUGCCAAGCCAGAGGAUUCCAAGCCAGAGGAGCCAGAGACCAAGCUUGAAGAAAAAGCAGUUCCAGUGGCAGAGCCAGAGGCCAAGCUGGAGGUCGAAAAGCCAGCCACUGAAACAGAUACCCAACCAGAAGCUCAACCAGUAGCUCAACCGGAGGCUCAACCAGAGACCAAACCAGAAACUGAAUAG